AUGGCUCCAAAGGUUCAACAAACUAAGGCUGCCAAGGCUGCUGCUGCUUUGGCCGGUGGUAAGAAGGGUAAGAAGAAGUGGAACAAGGGUAAGGUUAAGGACAAGGCCCAGCACGUUGUCAUCUUGGACCAAGAGAAGUACGACAGAAUCAUGAAGGAAGUUCCAGGCUUCAAGUACGUUUCCGUUUCUGUCUUGGUCGACAGAUUGAAGAUCGGUGGUUCUUUGGCUAGAGUUGCUUUGAGACAAUUGGAGACUGAUGGUGUCAUCAAGCCAAUCUUGAAGCACUCCAAGCAAGCUAUCUACACCCGUGCUGACUAA